AUGUUAUAUAAUUUAGAUCAAUUUGUGACAUUAAUUCACUUUUUAUUAGAAAAUGAAUCAAUUAUAUUAUCAAUGCCAAUUAAUGGAGAUUUAUGGAAAAUUAGACAUUUAAUUAACGAUUGUUCAAGUACACACAUUAAUACAGAUAAUGAAUUUAUAAAUUAUUUACAACAAUUUAAUCAAAUUAGUUCACAACUGUUACAAUUUAAUAAAACAUUAGAUACAUUUCAUAAAAUUACAUUAUUUAAUAUGCCAACUUUACAAUUUAUCAAUAUUGUCAAUAUAUUAAUUUUAAAAGAGAGAUUAAGUGGUAAUUCAAUAUCAAUAGACGCAACCCCCAAAUUUAAUAAAACACUAGAACAAUUAUUAGAACCAUCACAACCUCAAAAAAUAGAAUAUACUCAUGAACAACUUUUAUUAUUAUCAUUUCAAAAUGAAUCAUCCAUUUUAAAAACAUUAUUAAAUAAACCAACGGCAAAAACUAUUUUAACAAAACAAAGAGCGAAAUUAAAAACACCAAUUCAACCAUUUUAUCAAGUUUGUGAUGAUAUAAAUCAUAAUUAUUCAUUAGCUUCAAUUGCAUUAAACAAUAAAAAAGAAACUUAUAAUUCCAAAAAUUUACAAGAACAUUUAAUUCAUAAAAAAAUUCAACAAUCUAAAUCAAAUUUAAAUCAAGAAGUAUAUAAAUGUUAUUGUGAAAAGAUUCAUUUUUUACCAAUUAUUAAUAAUCAUACUGAUCUAACCCUUGGUGAUUGUUCAUAUUUAGAUACUUGUCAUAAAAUGAGAAAUUGUCGUUAUUUACAUUAUUUUACGUUAAAUCCAUUACCAAGACAAAAACAACAACAACAGGUUAUAAAAUCUUAUGAUUAUACUAUUGAUGAUUGCUUUACUGAAAAUUUUAGACCAAUUUUACCACCUCAAUGGAUUGAAUGUGAUGUUAGAAAAUUACCAUUUUCAACUUUAGGAAAAUUUGCAGCCAUUAUUUCAGAUCCAGCUUGGGAUAUUCAUAUGUCAUUACCUUAUAGUACUUGUAAAGAUGAUGAAUUAUUAGAAUUACCAAUGCAAGAAUUAUGUGAUGAAGGUAUUAUAAUGUUAUGGGUUACAGGUAGAUCAAUUGAAAUUGGUAGAAAAGCUUUGGUUAAAUGGGGUUAUAAAGUCUCAGAUGAAAUGAUUUGGAUUAAAUUAAAUCAAUUAAAAAGAACAAUUGUAACUGGAAGGACUGGUCAUUGGUUAAAUCAUUCAAAAGAACAUUUAUUAGUUGGUAUAAAGGGUAAUCCAAUUUGGUUAAAUACAAAAAUCGAUUUGGAUUUGGUUAUAUCAAAUACCAGAGAAACAAGUAGAAAACCUGAUGAAUUUUAUGAUAUUGUUGAAAGAUUAGUUGGUAAACAUUCAAGAAAAUUGGAAAUUUUCGGUAGAGAUCACAAUACAAGACCUGGCUGGUUAACCAUAGGAAAUCAAUUAAAAGGAGUUUCAUUAUAUGAACCUGAAGUUAAAUUAAAGUAUAAUAUGUAUAUUAAUAAACAAAAGUAA